AUGCGGACAUUUGCUGAGGUGGCACAACAGACCACCAAAGUGAUUGAAGAGGCCAAGCCCAUAGCCUCAUCAACAGUGGAAGCUAUCUCAUCAUCAGACCCCAUUACGAUUGUAGGGGCUAGUGGUGCAUUAUUCCUUGCAUAUCUCCUGCUUCCUCCUCUCUUCUCUGCAAUCUCUUUUAGCCUUCGUGGCUACAAAGGUGACCUCACUCCUGCUCAAACACUUGAUCUCAUAUCCACUAGGAAUUACAUUAUGAUUGAUAUUAGAUCAGAAAAGGACAAGGACAAGGCUGGUAUUCCUCGCCUUCCCUCUAGUGCCAAAAAGAAAAUGAUUGCAAUCCCUUUGGAAGAAUUGCCUACCAAGCUAAAAGGUCUUGUCAGAAAUGUAAAGAAAGUAGAAGCUGAACUAGUCGCUUUGAAGAUAUCAUAUCUCAAGAAAAUUAACAAAGGUUCCAACCUCGUGAUAAUGGACUCGUACUCUGAUUCAGCCAAACUAGUUGCUAGAGCACUAAAUAGCCUUGGCUUUAAGAACUGCUGGAUCAUGCGUGAUGGGUUUUUGGGGGGAAGCGGGUGGUUACAAAGUCGUCUAGGAGCAGAUACCUACAGCCUAUCUUUUGCGGAGGUUGUGUCGCCAUCUCGAGUCAUUCCUGCAGCAGUACGACGUAUUGGCACAGUUGGCUCAGCAAAAUUGCUUCCGGGGAGCUCUGAUUAA